AAAAAAAAGUUGUGUGACCCUAGAAAUACAACGAAACACUAACAAGCAGUCAAUCAUGGCACGAGUAGCUGCAACGGCUGGCCUGGAACUAGAAUUCAAGCCAGAACGCACUGAAGAACCGCCACCACCGGUAAUCGAUUUGAAAAAGCUCCGACGACUUGAGAAACGGCAAGCAAGGAAAGUGGCUGCGGAAGAAAAAAAGAAAACAGUGGUCCUGGAUCAAUUGAAACGGGAGCAAGAGUUCACGCUGGGUACGGAAAAACGAGCGUUCGCCGAUUGGGAACGGAUGUGUUCGGAUGUGAAGUUCGAAGCGAUUCAAGAGGAAAUGCUGCAGAUUAUGCAGAAUAUGCAAACUAUUUUCGAUCGCAAGAACUUGUACAUUGAUCGGUUGUUCAAUGAUCGAUUUGAAAUGGAAGAUAUUUAUUCACGGAAUUGGCAGCGUCUGAAACGGUUGAUUGAUUGUUAUACAGAAAUUCAUCGUUAUUUUACGAAAAAUUUAUCGGAACAAUACGACGAAGACUGUCAGAAUCGGUUGACAGAAUUUCGGCGAGAUAUUGCUCUGAAGGAGGGACACAAUAACGAGUGCACCGAACAAAUGGAAGGUGCGUUGAUUUCACUUGAAGAAGAAAUGGAACAGGGUCUGGUAGACGACCGAAUAGAAUUCAUCAAAAGAAAUGACGACACAAUUAAUGCUCACAUUGAGAAACGCGAUCGCCUUCGGGACAGAAAAAUUAACCAAAUGGAACAAGUGCACGAUGAAAUCAAAUCGGUUUUGAAAAACUAUUUCACCACAAUUCUACACCCGGAGAAAGAAAAAGCUUACUUCGGAAUGUUCGAUGGAGAUCAGAUUUCCAGGAAAAUUAUUACCGAUAAUCGAACGAAAAUCACUGAAUUGAAUGGUUUAAUCAAACGUUUGAACAAGAAAUUGUUGGAAGUUGAGAUCACCGGAAUACGGAAGAAGAUCACAGAGCGUUUUGCGAAGCGAAACGCCGAGAAUGAUUUGGAUUCGCUGAAGCGCAAACUGGUCAACAUGGAAGAAAGUCAAAUGGAGCGAUUGAAAAAGCUGUCGUACGAUGCAUUCCACGUUCAAAAACGUCUUUCCGAACAGUUGAAAAAGGGGAGGCUAAUUCUAAGCUUGGCUCAAAAUUGUACCAAAUAUGAAACGGCUGAUGAUCUUAAGUAUUUCCAGAAACGUAUCGCAGAAGGAUCCAACGGGACGGAAAGUUCAUCCGAGUUUGAGUUUCUAUUCGACAAAAUUAAUCGCACCAAAUCGAUUAACGUGCUGCUAGCGGCAGAAAGAGACGAACUGCAGCAAACCAAUCGUGCAUUGCAGCAAAAAUUCCAAGAGUAUUGUAAAUUGAAUAGCACAAAAGCUGACUUGACGGGUUUAAAGUUGAUUGUGAAGGGUGUCGAUCCGCCUGAAGGUCGCAAAAAAUAA